GCUCGCAGCUUCAUCUGUGCAGCACUUGCAAGCAUCAAAGAUGGCGGCAUAUUGAGCAAGUCAGCAGCUGGCGCUGGCGGCAAUUUCCUGGGUGGUUGAGCUGAACACAAGCUGAGCAACUGAGUGAGCUAAAGAAAAGGAGGGAUUGGAAAAACAAAAACGAAAAGUUGUGGAGUUUUCUUUGAAGGGAGGAGACGAGUGCGCGCUGGAAGCCCGCUGAGAAAUCGGUUCAGUUGUUUAGUUUUGUUGCCGAGACAGUCCCAAGGGCUGGUGACUUACAGGGGCAAAGAUGUUUCCGUCUCAGGGAACUAGCAUCUCGUCGUUGGUCGAGAAGGCCACCAGUGAUUUGCUGCUGGGCCCUGACUGGGGGAUGAACAUGGACCUUUGUGAUCAUAUCAACCGGGAUCCUGAGGGGGGCAAAGAUGUCGUGAAGGCCGUGCGUAAGCGAUUGCACAGCAAGAACCCCAAAGUCCAGCUGCUAGCUCUGACGGUUUUGGAAUCAUGCAUCAAGAACUGCGGGGAGGGCUUUCAUGCAAACGUGGCCCACAGCAAGGAACUGCUGCCGGAGAUGGUCAAGAUCGUCACAAAGAAGUCCGACUACGCGGUCCGCGACAAGAUUCUGCAGCUGCUAGAUGUGUGGCAGGAGAGCUUUGGAGGCGCCCGUGGCCGCUACCCCCAGUUCUAUGAUGCUUACGACCAAGUCAGGAGAAAGGGCAUUAUGUUUCCGAACCGUGACAUGGAGCACAUGGCCCCUGUGUUUACUCCCCCGGCGACCCAGACCUCCGGGCCCUAUGCUUCUUACGCCCAGGACGCUGCCAUGGCGGCUGCGUAUGCGCAGAACGGGGUGAUGCCCUCCAUGCCACCUGCCGUCAGCAACGGAGUUGGCCCGCUCUCAGGCGAGGAGAUGAAGUCGUCGCGGGAAGCUGCCGACAUCCUGAACGAGAUGCUGGCAAAUGUUGACCCUAAAGACCGGGCGUCCGUCCAAGACGAGCUCAUCGUCGACCUCUCCGAGCAAGUCCGUGCAGCGCAGCGUCGUGUGGAGCAGUUCGUCGGUUCCACUGACGACGAAACCGCCCUUGCGGCCGCGCUCACGUUCAACGACGAACUAGCGAGGGUUCUCGCAAAGCACGACGCGAUCGCGACCGGCCAGCCAAUUCCUGAAGAGGAGCCCACACGGAGCGCCCCCGUAGCGCCGCAGCAGGCGCGGAGCUAUGCUGACGAGGAAGAUGAGGACGACUUUGCACGGCUGGCGCACAGGUCUAGCCGGCGUUCCUCCAAUACGGAGGCCCCCAAGCCCUCCUCGUCCCGUCCCAUUCCCCCACCCGCCGCGCCACGCCCGAUCAGCCGCCCCCCGGGCGACCGCGAGAAGGUGUUUGAUCUGCUGAGCGGCGAAUACGUGGACGCCGUCGGCAGCCCCUCCGCAGCUCAAGCGACCGCCGCCACGGUCUCAGUGGGCAGCCCCGUGACUGAGGCACCCCCACCCGGCCGGUUGGCGCCCCCCCCGGGCCGCUACACCGAAACGACGUCAGGGGGCCUGCCCAACGCCCCCGCCUCUGUGCGGACACGCCCCGCGCAGGCGGUGCAACAGCAGCAGCCCCCCGCAGCGUUUGGACAGACUGGCAGCCCCGCUUACGGCAGUCCCCAACAGACGCAGCCCCCCUUUGGCAGCAGUCCGCAAGCAUACCAGAGCCCGUCCUACCCUCAAUCCGGCCAGAGCCCUCCUUACCAGCAGGUGAACCCCCCCUGGGCCCAGCCGUCCGUUGAGCCCACGUUCAAAGCGAGCCAGCCGUACAGUCCGCCCUCGUAUGAUACCUCUGGGUACAACGCCAACUCAUACGGGCAGCAGUACAACCAGCAGUAUAACCAGGCGCCCGUCGCAUACCCAAGUCAGCUGGCGCUUCCCUACGGGGGCAGCCCAGUGAGCCCCCUGUCCGGGGGGUCGACCUUCCAGGCGAACGAGUCGCCGUUCGACCCCCCCUCAGAGGAGAAGCAGAACGAACGGAGAAGCAGCCUCGGCAACACGUCGUACGCGCAGUCGAGUGACUACAUCGCGCAGACCCAGAGGCUCUCACUUGGAGGCAACGGCCCGCGGACCAUGACGGGCCAGCCUUUGCCCCAGAAGAAGGAGCCCGAGAGGAGGGCCGACGACAUCGAUGCGUUGUUUGCUGACCUCGUGAAUCUGAAGAAGCCGCAGUUUGGUGGGAAGUCAUAACAGGAGGUCUGUAUGACUGGGCUUGAAUUGAUACAAGGGCACAUUGUGGUCGUCGGAACGGUUUUGAGGGGUGACAAUGUGGAGGGAGGGAUUGGAAGAGCAAUCGGGCGUGCGGAUGGUAACGAGAGUGGGCUGCGGCCUUCGUUAGCUGUGGUUCAGACAAUCCCCUAUUGAAGCUCUAGAUGAGUAUCACGAGGCACGAGUCCUGUCGCAAUUUACAGUUAGCGGUUUGACGUAUGGACGCACAAUGUAUAGGCUGCUCAGUACAGAUUGAACCCUAGGACAAAUAAUGUUUUUAAAAGCGCAGGCUUGUUUUGAUGUAACCUUUCUCUAGGUUUGCACUGCAUCCCCUUGCUUUUCUGCUGCAGUGACUAAAAUCGCACAGUCUUACUUUC